GAGGCUCCUGAUUGGUUGGACUUUGCUCCAGGGCUGGCAACCAAAGGGACAAUCCCUGUCAUGUUCAUUCUGCACCCCGAAAACCUCUAGAACAAGCCUUGUUAUUAGCUUUCAGAGGGGAAGUUUCUGCUUUAGGGAUAGAUGUUGGAAUUGUAGGACCUACAGCAUUUGAUCUCAUCAAAGACCCAAUCCCCUACUUUCUUCAUUGCCUUCCCUAAAGCAGACCUCAGUGAUCAUCAUGACUGACGUUCCUGGGACACUGAGCGGGACAGAGUGCAAUGGGGACAGACCACCAGAGAAUGGCCAACAGCAUAUCAGUCAAGCCAGCGAGGACAGAGCUGAUGCAGACGGGACUCAGCCAUACUACAAGGUGGAACCCAGUCUUGAAGAUUUACCCACAAGGAGAAAUCAAGAAAAAAGUGGACCCUCUAAAGAGAGCUUACUUCCCGAAGAGCCUGCAGAAAACCCAGAAGAGAACCUCUUUGUUGUUCACAAGGUCAUCAAAGAACUUUCUCUCCAAGAAGCAAGUGCUGAGGACAUGGCAUUCAGAGAAGGGCAUCCGUGGAAGCACAUUCCUCUGAGCAGCAGUGACCUGGAAGUGAGUACGCAGAAGGAAAGGAUUGCCCACCGACCUCUAGAGCAGAGAGAAGACGAGAACACUGCAUACCAGGCAGCAGAAAUUGAAUGGUUGGGGUUCCAGAAAUCUAGUCAGGUUGACAUAUUGCAUUCUAAAUGUUACGAGGAACCAGAAGUUUGGGAUGAAGAAGUUAACGAGGAAGACGCUGAUGACUGCAAUGAUGAUGAAGACGAAGUUCGAGUCAUAGAAUUUAAGAGAAAACACAGCGAAGGUUUUCAAUUAAAAGAGGAAAACCAUCCAAGCGAAGAUUCCCCACUAAGCAGCCCCAGCUCCCAGCCAGGGACCCCUGAUGAGCAGCCCGUGUUAGGAAAGAAGGGAGAUAUCUCUAGGAAUGUUUAUUCCAGAUACAACACGAUAUCCUAUCGGAAGAUCAGGAAAGGGAACACCAAACAGAGAAUUGACGAAUUCGAGUCGAUGAUGCACUUGUAAACCAAGCGGGACUGGGAAACAUCAUGAGUGCUCAAGAAAAGCUAACUCCGUUGUGCUGAGAAAACUUCCUCUGCCAUAUUUGCAAGAUGCGCAUGUUUAACGUCUUUUCCACCACAGAGCAACGUGGAAAUAACCAUAGAAAAAGUCAGUCUGGUAACAUCAAAUCAAAAGCUUUAGACUCAUGCCCGGGUGUUUGCUUUUAAAAAGUUAACUAAUAUAGCAGUAUGUGGUAAGCCUUGUCAGAGAGGCAAAUCUGUCAUGAUUUGGCUUCAAAAUUAGCAAUACUGAGACAAGUCAAGGGAAAGAGAACAGUUGAUGUGACUCUCCUAAUUCUUUCAGUGUCCUUCUUUCUUCAGGCCAAUAGGAGGUCUGGGAUUAAACUCCUCCUCCAUUAAACAUGGUUUUUUAUAGAUUCUACCAAUAACUAUUUUGCCUUUCUACUUAUCUUUUAAAAAAUACUGUAUCUUAAAUGGUUUUCCUUGGCACCUCCUGAGUGAAAACUCAACAGAUCGCCUUUCUAGGUGUCACCAUUCAGUGAAUUUGUUCACUAAAAGGCUGAGUAAUUGUCAGUCAGAAUUCUGUGUGCUAAGUGCUGGCUUUAUGCUUUCAAAAUGAAUUAAAUCCAUUGUGAAGUUGAUCCAGGGAGGGGCUAGAUGACCAGUGAGCCAUAGACUCAAGAAUUGUAUUGGAUGGCCUUUAUUUUUGUUACUGAAAACAAAAAUCUUGUCUAGUACAAUGAAAAUAAUUAAAAAUAAAAAAGUGGCAAUUUUAGCACAAUUUUAAGAAAAUGCCUUUACUCCAUUACCAUACUUUCUUGCAUUAACAGUAUUUCAAAACCAUCCUCUUUGCUUGGGAAUGAGAGACAAUGGCAGUCAUAACUGUAGUAGUUACUAUGAAAAUGGAAAUAAUUAACUUCGACUAUUUUAAAAGUAGGGUGUGAGCAUGUAUUUUUAGGGAAAAAGCUGAUAGUUGUGGGGAAUAUAUACUUUAUUGGACCAAAGCCUAAAUCAAGAAGCUUAAAAUUGCACGUGUGGAGCUUCAUGCGCACCCACAUGUCAAAUAAUGCAUUGAAUAUUUAUGAAAAGAGUAUAUUUAUACUCUUGGAUAGUUUAUUCCGCAAAUAUUCAUUUUGUGCUUCUGUGUAUAUUGCUCUGAACUUUCUGUUACUUCAGAUGAAAAUAUCGUUUGGCUCCAAAUAAAAGACAAUUCCUUAUUGUCUGAAUGUAAUACAGUCUUCAUUGUGCUAUUCGACUCUUUGUUUGUUUCUUUCUCAUUUGGUGCAAAGCCUGGGUGAGUCCUACUUAGACGAUUGCUUAUUUACGUGUACCAAAUCCCGCACAUUCCCAUGGCACGUCCCUUAAUUCUUCCUGGUCAUAUAAUAUAUUUCCAUUGUAUCAUAUAGUACUUUGGAGUAUUUAAAAGACUCAAGUUUUAAUUCAAUUCCAGUAAUUCUUUUAUUCUUCUAACCUAUCCUUUACAACCUGACCAGGUAAGAUCUGUUAUCCUUAAACUGUUGAGCCUGCUAAUUUCUUGUGGGACAAAUGUGAGUUUUCCACGUAAAAUGAGAAGAAUUCAGUCUUUUGAUUGAUAAAGUUGAGUAGGAGAUUGACGGACUGGGAUAACUUCCUGUUUUAAUGUAGAUCCUUUGAUCAUUCCACAAAGACAACCUGUUUGCUUUCAUGGAUUUCGGAUGAGACCUAUCAUUUUCGCUUAACUUCAAAACACUGCUUUAUGUAACAUUGCUGACCUAUCCACAGGUCAGUCUGUUUGUUAGAUGGAAUUGACAAGUUACCAUGAAGUUUGCGUGGAAUGAGUAGUAUAUGUGGCUAAGAGGCAUGACAAUGCUAUUAGCAUCUAUGGUACUCCAAAACCUUGAACUUUUUAGCUGUGUUCUCUUGCCACGCAAUUCACCGAUCAUCAAACAUUUUGUCCACAAAGAUGCUUGAUGUAUGGUCAACUGGGAAACCACUCAUGCUCAUGGACGUGGUAAUGCAGUGCCAGGAAAGCAUUGAUAACGUUCUUUGGUAUCAUUGCACAUUGCCACAUCCUAUCACAUACAGCAGGGCAAGAGUUAACACCUGGGUAAUGAGGUGGGCGGAUAUGUGGGUUGUGGUCAUCUGGAAACAGCAAAGGUCUUCUCCCUUUUGCAUGAGAUAUAUAUUGAUAUAUUUAAACUCAUCUGGAGCGCUAUUAAUUGACAACCAUGCAUGAAGGUUUACCUGAGAUUUUGCGAUUCAAGGUUCAGGGUGGUAAGACCUCUGGUACCUGACACCUGACGGGGAUUACAUGAAUGCUGGAAUUUCUUAAAUGACUUAAUUCUCUUUUGUUACCAGAUGAAUGGGAAUUAAAGACAGAUUUACUUCUUUGUAAAAAUUAAAUUUACCUUUCAUUUAGCGCAUAUAUUUGAAGACAUGGGAUUUGCCAAGUUCUAUCUGUUUGUAUCCAUCCAUCCACCUGUCCAUCUGUCUGUCUAUCCAUUCAUCCCAUCCAUCCGUCUGUCUGUCUGUCUGUCUGUCUAUAUAUCUGUCUAUAAUUUACCUAUCUACCUGC